AUGAUUUCUUUUUCUUUCUUUCUUUUUUCUUUCUUUCUUUUUUCUUUCUUUUUCUUUUUCUUUCUUUUUCUUUCUUUUUCUUUUUCUUUCUUUUUCUUUCUUUAUUUCUUUCAUUCACAUUUGAUUUCAUUUCAAAAUUUCUUCAUUUUCUUUCUUCGACCCCAUUAUAUCUUUUCUUUCUUUCUUUUUCAUUUCUUUUUCUUUCUUUCUUUUUCUUUCUUUUUUUCUUUCUUUCUUUCUUUCUUUCUUUCACAUUCAUUUUUACAAUUUAUUUCUCCGUUUUCUUUCUUCAACCCCAUUAUAUCUUUUCUUCCUUUCUUUUUCAUAUAUUUUUCUUUCUUUCUUUCUUUCUUUCUUUCUUUCUUUCUUUCACAUUCAAUUUCACAAUUUAUUCCUUCAUUUUUUUUCUUCAACGCCAUAAUAUUUUUCUUUCCUUCUUUCUUUCUUUACAUUGUCUUUCCACCUGUUUUUCUUCCCUUUUCUUUCUUUCUAUCUUCUUUUUCUCUCACACAUUUGACUUUUAUCUUAAUUUCACAAUAA